CUGAUUUCCCUCCAGAUUUGUAUUCACCUCGCUCGCUCUCGAGAGGUUUGGCAUGCUUCCUCAUUGAAGUUUUGGACUAUUUAAACUAACAUUCGUGAACUCGACCACUAACGACUAUGGUCGGAGGAAGACUACUUCACAUUCUCGUUUACUGUGCUGCUUGUGUAACCAAAGUCGUCCUAGCGCAGACAUCCUUGCAAACAGAAUAUGACUUUAGUGACCUUGACAUACGUCUCGCUGGUGGUUACAGCAAUCUUGACGGACGUGUCGAGAGAAGAGUGAACGGAAUUUGGGGCACGGUCUGUAGCGAUGGAUUUGGCAUGAACGAUGCACAAGUUGUCUGUCAGAUGUUGUCGCAAAAUCUAUCUGCCAUCCAAGUUAUCACCGAUAGAAGGUACGGACAGGGAACAGGCCCAAUAUUUUACAAUGAGUUAGCUUGCUCUGGAUCGGAAAUUUCCAUCGACGACUGUUCCAGUAUAACUGGUGAACAGUGCAACCAUAAUCAGGAUGUAGCUGUCGUAUGCUCAGUAUGUCCAACAGCUGCAGAUUUUUACUACGGAGACUUUAGCAACGUUUCAUUGACGAUGUAUGGGCAAGAGUACCACGGCAUAUGUAGCAACGGCACUUACAACUAUAAUUUCAUAUAUUUGUGUCUUGACAAUGGAACAUGGAUACAUACGGACAAUUCUUGCGGACCUUUAAAUAUUACAAAUGUUCGUCUGGUUGACGGUGUCGGACUUUACGACGGCUUUGUUGAAGUGCUGGUAGGCGAUACAUGGGGAACGAUUUGUGGCUAUUCUUAUUGGUCUACGCUCCUUUCAAACAGUAUUCCUGGAAGUGCGCUGGCGCGUGUCAUUUGUAAUGCAAUAGGCGAAACGUACUUAACAUCUAACAGCUUCCUUAGAAGCAACGUUGCCCCAAUGAUGGAUCAAAUGUUAUGUUCGCAGCCGUACGAUACAUUUGAUGAUUGCAAAUACGACACAGUUCCGACAUGCUACUACAACUACUAUUCUGCUUGCACUGUGUACCCUCUCAAUAUCACCGGAAUACGUUUGUCAGACGGCGGAGAUCCUCAGAUAGGUAGAGUAGAAUUACAGGUCCAAAGCCAAUGGGGAAAAAUCUGCGAGAACUCGUUUGACAUGAAUGAUGCAACUGUACUAUGUCGUAUGAUGGGUUUAAACUCUUCUGCAUUCAUGAGACACGUUUAUUUUGGACAAGGAUCCGGACCAGCUUUGAUGAAUUAUGUUGGCUGCUCCGGAUCAGAGGAUCAUAUCAAUAAUUGUUCAUAUAACUCUCCCUAUAUAGACAAUUGCGCUUCGGACCAAGAUAUUUCUUUGUUAUGCACAGAAUGUGGAGUCAUCGACGUCCAGAAUGGUAACAUAGUGUCAUAUAAUUCAUCCACCAACGUUUUGACUGUUGAUUGCCACUCUGGAAUAACCACGGAAUACGUCUGCCUCAACAAUGGAACGUGGAGGACCAAUGAAGAAUGUCCUUCUUUGCUUCAAGACAUACGACUUGUUGAUGGAGUCGGCUUUUACGAUGGUCGAGUCGAGGUUCUAUACAACGGGACAUGGGGAACCAUAUGCUAUAACAACUAUCGUUCUCAAAACACACGCGUCAUUUGUAAAAUGUUGGGUGCAACUCGUUACACCCAUUCGAGACACGCAGGUGGAACUGGUCCUAUUCAUAUUGAAAACUUAUAUUGUGAAGGCAACGAAAAUGAUCUGUCUGCAUGCAGAUAUGAUGACCGUGAUGAAUGUUCGCACAGCAACGACCUUGGAGUUACAUGUUAUGUAUCAAACAGACCACUUAACGUGACGGGUAUUCGCCUAGCCGAUGGAACCAGUAGAUAUGACGGCCGUGUAGAAAUCCAGGAAAACUACGACUACUGGGGAACAGUGUGUGAUAAUUGGUUUGAUUUUGUAGAUGGGAAUACGCUUUGCCGAAUGAUGAACAUGUCACUAUUGGCCUAUUACGGCGGAUCUAGACAUGGACCAGGCACAGGUCCUAUGACGUUCGGUUACCUUUAUUGCGGUGAUGAUGACUAUCACAUACAGGAUUGCUCUCAUCAAACACCUUACUCUUGCAGUCGAUAUGAAACAGUGUCCCUAUUGUGUUCUGAAUGUGGACCUCCGACAGAAGAUGGUGAAAUAACAUACUCGAUAAACGGAACCAUAGCAACGGUCCAUUGCCACUAUGAAUACUUGAAUGAUGAUCCUGUAAUUGAAUGUAUUGAUGGCAAUUGGUCGCAAAUUGGAGUCUGUGAUUUCUACGGUCCUACGUUAAACAUAUCGUCUGUCCGUCUUGUUGGUGGUGAAGGGAUUUAUGAAGGUCGUGUAGAAAUUGAGGUGAACGAUACAUAUGGCAGCAUUUGUGAUAGCUUAUUUGAUCUGGAUGACGCGGAAGUGAUAUGCAAGUCUUACAAUCGAAGUUUCGGCGCGGCUUAUUACUUUACGGGAGCAAGAUAUGGGGAAGGAACAGGUCCAAUUCACAUUGACCGACUCUUUUGCGGUGAAACAAACACGUCUCUAUACCAGUGUCCAUAUCAUUCCGUUGGGUUGUGCGAUCAUUCAAGUGAUGUUUCGGUCGUGUGCAAUGAAUGUGGUCAACCAGACAUUGCCUUUUGGGGAAUCGGAUAUUUCACAUACAAUGGCUCAGCUUUGUACGCUGACUGCUCCUAUUUUAAGACAUACAUUGGUAAAUUAAAAAUGACGUGCGACCAUGCAAACGGAACAUGGGUUACAGAAGGGGAGUGUCAAGAAUACAGCAGGCCACUCAAUGUACAAGAUGUCCGCCUUUCUGAUGGGCAGAGUGAGAUUGAAGGAAGAGUUGAGGUCAAGUCCAUGGAUACAUGGGGCACUAUUUGCAAAGAUGGAUUUGGCAUAAACGAGGCAGACGUUAUUUGCAACAUGAUUGGUUUCCCUCCAGCACAAGCCGUGUAUUUGAAUGGUGAAUAUGGCGCCGGGACAGGGCCGAUAUUUGUCGACGAUCUUUCAUGUGGUUCAUCUGACACGCACCUUAACAAUUGUUCGUAUGCUACAUACGAUGACUGUUCACACUUUCAAGAUGUGGCUGUGAAAUGCACAGUAUGCGAUGAUCCUACGCCAAAUAAUGGCUCGAUCAACGGGACACAGUUUUCAUACGGCACAGUUUUAGAAGUAUCUUGCGACUACGGACACUACUUAGUAGGCGAUCAAUAUAUACAUUGUCAGAGGAACGCUGCAUGGAGUAGUCAACCAGAAUGUCCUUUAAUUGAUUGUGGCGACCCUACACCAGAAAACGGGAGGAGCAAUGUUUCAGCGACCACAUUGAAUGAAGUUGUAGAAAUUGCGUGUGACGAUGGGUAUAACAUCACGGGGAGCUCAGUUAUACAGUGCCAAGAGAAUCUGCAGUGGUCAGAUAACACAGCGUGCGUUAUUGUAGAUUGUGGGUCGUUAGAGGCUGAACAUGCACAGGUCGAUAUUGAGAAUGUUACAACGUUUGGCGAGAUAGCCCUUGUUAGCUGUGAUAUUGGUUAUCUACCUCAGGGGACAACUCCAGUCGAAUGUCUUGCUAACGGAACUUGGAGUGAAAUUCCUUCCUGUGAUAUAAGAGAAUGUGGAGAUCCAACCCCAAACAGGGGCCAGAGGAACAACACUGUAUCCACCUAUGGAACUAUUGUGUUAAUAUCAUGUGAUGAAGGCUUAGAGGUUACCGGCAACCCCGUCAUAGAAUGUCAGUCGGACGGAACCUGGAGCGAUAAUCCUGUCUGUGACUCUUCAGAUUGUGGACCACCAUCUGUUGCUAACGGACAUGUUACAACAUCUGGUAACACCACCUUUGGAAACAAUGCAACAAUUGUUUGCAAUGAGGGUUACUCGCUUGAUGGCUCUGGUGAAAUCCUAUGCACAGUUAAAGGAUGGGAAAAUGUGUCGUGUGUGAUUCAAGAUUGUGGAAAUUUAACCAUCGACAACGGCGAAGUUCUCUUCGAUACCGGAACCAAAUAUGGCGAUAGUGCAGAAGUUCAUUGUUUUGUCGGUUUCGAUCUUAAUGGGGACUCUAGAAUAACAUGCUUGGAUGGAAGCGAAUGGAGUGACUUCCCAAUCUGCGAGAUAAAAAAUUGUCCUGUAAUUGAAACAUCAAUUAAUGGUGACAUUGUCGAACCGUAUUCAACAACAUUUGGCUCUACCGUAACGUUUAACUGCAAUGAUGGUUUUCUUCUGGUUGGUAAAAUGUCCAUAAAUUGCGAAAGCUCCGGCGAAUGGAGCGCCGACUUUCCAACCUGUGUGCAAAAAUCCCCCAUCGGCGGUGCAUGUGACAGCAAACAUUACUGUUUGGCUCCAAAUGCAGAAUGCGAUGAAGGCGUUUGUUCCUGCAAGACUGGUGUUUUUGAUAACAGGACAAACUACUGCGACAGAAUGCCAUUAUUUCCUUUUCUCAACGGCUCUUCAGAAAACGUUCACGUUACACAACAGUGUAGUAAGCCUAUUAAAUUUCCACCAGGAAUACCUGUGUUCGAUCGGAUAAGAUACGAGAUAUAUGUUUGCUCUAACGGGUACGUUAGUUUUGAUAAACCACACACCAACCCUACACCUCCGAACACCAGUGGCCCUAAUGAUAGCUCUGGUAACGGCUUCAACGAUGUUCCAGUCAUCGCGGCGUACUAUGCUGAAAUAAACACACAUAUAUCCGAAUCAAUUUCAUAUCGAACAAUUGAUAUUCUAAAUGACUUUCCAUUUAGUGAGGAUCAAAAACGUGACAUUGGAAUGGUCAGAUAUCUUGUCAGGAAAUUCGGAUAUUUGCCUUCAUUUGAACCAAAGUUUCUGCUUAUUGCCGACUGGGACAAGGUUUCACCACUUCAGACCACAUUCCAGACCUCAUCAGUAGCAUCUUUUCAGCUCGCUCUCGUUUCGGAUGGACUUACGACAUUCUUCAUGUACAUUUAUCCAAAAGAUUUAAUGCAGUGGACGUUACAAUCAAAAAGCGUAACAGAUGUCAAUGUUUGGGUGGGAUACUAUAAUGCCGACACAAAAAUCAUCAGUACCAAUCCCUUUUCGUUCAAACGAAAUGCUCUUCAGAUGGAUCUACUUUCUAAAACUAGCAAUGUCGAGGGGCUUUUAUUGAAGUCAGUGACUAGGCCCGGAAUCUGGAAAUCCCAUGACGUUUUGGAUUGCAUACAUUGGUACAAUCAACAUAAAACAAUUAAAAACACCUAUCACGAAAUCAUGUCUAUCUACCUACCGGAAUGCCCUUGUGACCUUAACCUUGCAAGGUUUGACCCUUGGUACUGGAGAAUCAGUUUGAAAAUUCGACGAUUCUGGUGGCAAAGUGAAGAUGACUUUGAGGGAGAUGUUGUUUGUGUUGACAUUUGGCAUAGGAAUAUAUUUGAUCCAUAUGGAAAGUCUUGUUGCUAUUAUCGCGAGUCUCGUCGAUUCGUGGAGGGGCGUCCACUUGCCGGUGGUCUAUACCACUACCACCCGUCUUUCUCUGCGAGCGAUCAUGUCAUAUAUGAUGUUGGAAUGAAGGAAAAAUGUUGCAAAUCAAACUACUGCGAUUUAUAUUAUCAACUUCAUCCUAUUGGAACUUGUUACACGCGGUCACCCUACAAUCAAGGGAAUUUCUGGGGAGACCCUCAUAUCAGCACAUUGGACCGAAUGAAUUAUACUUUCAACGGGCUAGGAGAAUACACACUUCUUUUGACGGAAUCCAACAACACCUGGUUCACUUUGCAAGCACGAACCGAGCGAGCCAUUAAGCACGAUGGAAACCUGUCUGAUGCGACUAUAUUUAGUGCAUUUGCAGCAAAGGAUCAUACAAACGCCACCCUUCACGUAGAAUUAAACUCGGCAAAACAAGGAUUAAUUUUGUACGGUGGCGGGGUGGACUUUACAACACAAUUUCUGUCCGGUGAAGAGUACGAUUCUUCCACGCUGUCUAUUUCAAACAACAAUGGUUCUGCAAGAGUGAUUUUCAAGAACACGGGUGUAAUGCUGGACAUAGGUGUUGGUGUCGAGAUGUUAUCUUUGAGUACAAUAGUGCCAUCAAGUUUUGCCAACAUUACAAGUGGGCUUUUGGGAAAUUUUGACGGCGAUCCAUCUAAUGACUUGAUGUUUCCAAACGGAACUAUUCUUAACUCCUCCUCGUCGGAGCGUGAAAUUUUCUUCUACGGUCAAACAUGGUCUGUAAACGAAAGUACAACAGUGUUCUUGUAUGAGGAUGGAAAAGAUCACGAUAACUUUCACAACUCUUCCUAUGUACCACUCUUUCUGGACGAGAUUGAUAAUGCCACAAUGGCUUUGGCCAUAGAGGCUUGUAAUGGAACAUCAAGCACAGAAUGUAUUUACGACUUUGCACUCACACUGAAUCCGGCGAUCGCUGCAGAUACAGUGAAUAAACGACAGCAGUUUGACCAAGAUCAGGAGGAAAUAGAUGAGGUUAUACCAACUGUUCGGGGCUGCAAUGUGGUGAACAUCACUGUAGGGGAAAACGUAUCAUGUACUGUAAAUGUUGACGACAACAUCGAUAUACAGAUCCUGGGAAACAACACAUAUAAUGCUACUUUUAAUCGAUUGUCGUCUACCAUAACGUAUACACAUACUGGUGACAUAUCAUCACCAUUGAGGUAUCAGGCGGUUAAUCAAAAAGGUCUUCUGUCUGUCGAGCAUGUUAUAUCCGUGGUCGUGUGUACAGGGUGUAACGACCAUGGCAGUUGUACGCCAAAUUUACGAAUAGAUCUGGUUGACUAUAACUUCAGAUACUACGAGUGUGAAUGUCAGCAAGGAUAUGACGGAAUCAACUGUGAAAAUGACUACGAUGGUUGCGCUGGUAGCCCUUGCUCCCUUGGCCGUAACUGCACUGACUUGUCGUCGGAUCAGGAGCAAAGUCAAGGACGAGCGUACAUGUGUAGUGAGUGUCCAAUAGGAUAUACAGCUCGGGAUGACGACGACAACACAUGCAUUGAUAUAGAUGAAUGUGCUCAUAACAGUUCUUGCGAGCAAUCUUGCAUUAAUACGGAAGGAAGUUUCAUAUGUUUCUGUGAACAAGGUUUACAACUAGACCGCACCAACUUAUCUGCGUGCAGAGAUAUCAAUGAAUGCGAAGACGAAACUCAUAACUGUAGUCAGGUGUGCGUCAACUUGUACGGCGGUUAUCGAUGUAAAUGUAGGACGGGCUUUGUUCUGAACGAAACCAACGGGCAAUGUGUACCGGGCGAUGUUAAUCCAUGUGACUCUGCCACCAUAAAUUGUAACAACACUGCUGGAUGCACCGUAGACGAAAACAACACAACAACAUGUUUUUGCGAGAGAGGAUUUGAGCUGGAUGAUUCGGGAGAAAAUUGCAAAGAUAUUGAUGAAUGUCUGCGACACAUAUGUCCCCAAGAAUGCAUCAAUUUCAGUGGUGGAUUUGAAUGUACGUGUUUAGAUGGAUACCGACUAGAAGGAAUAUCAACAUGUUCUGUAUGCGAAAUACCAUAUUAUGGACAUGAAUGCAACACUACGUGUGACUGUACCGGAAGAGGGGCGAUGGAAUGCAACCCUGUAAGAGGUUGUGUCUGUGAGGCGGGAUGGAUCGGAAGCACGUGCGAUGAUGACAUCAAUGAGUGUGACGUAGAUCCUGACAUAUGCGCAGAUGUUCGAAAGUAUUGCACUAAUACUGUUGGAUCUUACGCGUGUGAUUGCAUAAAUGGGUAUGAGAAGAAUGACGAAGAUGCAUGCACAGAUGUUGAUGAAUGUGUCGACGCGUCGUUGCACGACUGCCACCAACAGUGUUCAAACAACAUUGGCAGUUACAGCUGUGGAUGUAGCGUUGGUUAUGUCAAAAUAAAUGGAACAUCGUGUCAAGAUUUUGAUGAAUGUGCUCGUGGAACUGCAAACUGUGAACAAAUGUGUGAGAACAAUCCUGGCUCCUACAACUGCUAUUGUCACUUUGGCUAUAAAUUGAGUGACGAUCGUCGGACAUGUAUCAAAAUUUCCGAUCCAUGCAGGACAUUGUAUAAUCUGACAUGUUCUGGGUACUGUGUGGUCAAAGAUAACACAGCAGAAUGUAGGUGUCGACAAGGGUUUGUUUUAGGAGAAGAUGCACAGACAUGCCUUGAUGUAAAUGAAUGUCAAACUAUGGAGUUGAAUGGCUGCGAUUCCGCUGCCACAUGUAUGAACACUGACGGAUCAUAUCAGUGUGAAUGCCCAAUAGGUGCUCGUUUGGAAAACGAUGGUCGCACAUGCACAGAAUGCGAUGAAUUCCAUUUUGGUCGAGAUUGUUCACAAGAGUGCAGCUGUAUUAGGGGAACAUGUAACAACACAAGAGGUUGUAUUUGUGAAAGCGGAUGGACGGGACCCAACUGCGAUGUAGAUAUUGACGAAUGUGCUUUAAACGCAUUUAACUGCACACGUCCUUACACACAGUGCGUGAAUGCGCCCGGGUCAGCCUCUUGUCAAUGUAAAACAGGGUACACUGCUGACGAAACAUCAGGAGAAUGUUUGGAUAUCGAUGAAUGCUAUACGAUAUCGACAAACGACUGUGAACAAUUUUGCAAUAACACUGACGGAAGUUACGAAUGUAGUUGUCAACAUGGAUUUUUGCAAAAUGGCGGAAGUUGUACAGACAUUAAUGAGUGCAAUGGAGCGCACAACUGUGAACACCAGUGUGAAAACAUUGUCGGCAGUUUUAAAUGCUUCUGUGAUACCGGGUACAGAUUGAACCUCGCGGACAGACAAUCCUGCAAACCGGAAAACGAGUGUACCGAUGACCAACGUAUCAGCUGUUCGCAAAAUGCCACUUGUGCCGUAACUGACGGGAGUUCCGUUUGUACCUGUCCAAAAGGCUAUAUUUUAUUAAACGGAAGCUGCGACGAUAUAAACGAGUGCCAACAGGAAACAGAUGCUUGUACGCAGCAGUGCUCAAACAAAGAUGGUGGAUACGUUUGUUCAUGUGAUACCGGAUUCCAACUGUUAUCUGACGGGUUAACUUGUAGAGAGUGUUCAGACUGGCGAUACGGUCAGAACUGUGUUUCACCAUGUUUAUGUAACGAAGACAAUACCCAAUCAUGCAACGGAACAAACGGAGAAUGUUCUUGUAUAGCUGGUUGGAGGGGCUCCGCCUGUUCCGAAAACUUGAACGAAUGCUCUCCUGAUGGCUCCAACAAUUGCCCUGAUAAUUCAAGUUGUGUUGACACUCCAGGGAGUUUUAAAUGUGUGUGUAACACUGGCUAUCUCAUGAAUGGAUAUGGAAAAUGCCAAGAAUGUCAGCAGGGUCAUUAUGGAAAUGAUUGUGUCGACACUUGUGCGUGCAAUGCGUUCAGGACCGAAUCUUGCAAUCACGUGACGGGAACAUGUGCGUGCGAUGAAGGCUGGACAGGUGAAAUAUGUGACGAAGAUGUUGAUGAAUGCGGGGAUCAAAGCUUAAACAUCUGCACGAUCAACUCUAAUUGUAGUAAUACGUUUGGCGGUUAUCUUUGUAACUGCAACAGAGGCUACAAAACACAACCGAACACCAAUGAUUGUAGCGAAUGUGUUGACUUUACCUUUGGGUGGAGUUGCAACGAAACCUGCGCAUGCCAGCAAGAACAUUCCUCAACAUGUGACAACGUCAAUGGAAGCUGUUCCUGUUUACAGGGUUGGAAAGGAGAGGUAUGCUCCGAAGAUGUGGACGAAUGUUCGGAAACGCCUACAGUUUGCUCUGUGAAAGACAACAGUCAUUGCGAAAACGUGGACGGGUCGUACUUAUGUUCUUGCGACGCUGGUUACAAUGCAAACGAUGGCAUGUGUGAAGACGUCAAGGAGUGUUUAACUGAGGAGUUGAACGACUGUGAUGAGCGAGCAGAGUGUGUAGAAACUGACGGGAAUUACACUUGCCUUUGUCCAGUCGGAAUGUACCUGCAAGAUGAUGGACGUUCUUGUAUAGAUUGCGAUGAAAACUUUUACGGACUGAACUGUUCCAAACUAUGCGAAUGUGUACAUGGAUCGUGCAACAAAACAUCAGGGUGCCACUGUGAUUCCGGAUGGACGGGGAUCCAAUGCGCCAUAGAUAAAGAUGAAUGUAAAACAGGUGAUUUAGUCUGUGAAGAUCCAAACACCGUUUGCAAAAACACGAUUGGUAGUGCGAACUGUGUAUGUCAAGAUGGGUACGAGAGGAACAAGACGACAGAACAUUGCGACGACAUUGAUGAGUGUAAAGAAGGGGAUUUGAACAACUGCACACAGACAUGCACAAAUACUGCUGGUGGAUACAGUUGUGGUUGUGAUGAGGGCUAUAGUUACAGCAGAGAAAAUAACACAUGCAACGACGAUGACGAGUGUCAUGCCGAUAUCCUGAACGAUUGCGACCAAACCUGUCACAAUACCGAAGGAGGGUAUAUGUGUGAAUGUGAACAUGGGUUCUUUCUAGAUGUUGCAGACAACAAAACAUGUUUACCUGUGACCAUUUGCACAGAGGAAGAAGUGUCAGCAUGCCCCGACCAUUCGGUUUGCUAUAGAAAUAGAACUGAGUUGGACUGCCAAUGCAAUAAAGGAUAUUUUAAAGAUAUUUCAAAUGGACAAUGCAAAGAUAAAAAUGAAUGCAGCAAUUCCUCUCCAUGUGCUCAGCAAUGCAACAACACCGCCGGCAGCUUCUUCUGCAGCUGUGCCAUUGGUUUCAAACUGAUUCAAGACACUGAAUGCGAAGAAUGUAAACCAUACACGUUCGGUCAACAAUGCGAAUCGUCGUGUUACUGUAAUAAGGCACAUGCACAAUCAUGUGAUGCCGUAAAUGGUACGUGCGCAUGCGCAGUCGGUUGGACAGGCGACAAUUGCACUGAAAAUGUGAAAGAGUGUGAGGAUCAGUCUUCUAUUGCUUGUCCUGAACACUCGCAUUGUGUCGACACUCCCGGGAGUUACUCCUGUCUAUGCAACACAGGGUACAUAGUAAACCAAGACGGUUUAUGCGACGUGUGUGAACCAUUUCGGUAUGGCGACUCCUGUGAACGCCAGUGCUCAUGUUUCCCUACCGGUGCUGACUCGUGUGAUCAUGUGCUUGGAAACUGUUCGUGCAAAAUUAACUGGCAGGGUGACCAGUGCAAUGACGAUGUUGAUGAAUGUAGCUUAAACGAAAAUGUGUGUGCAGAGAAAUCCAACUCUUCCUGCAAAAAUUCUGUAGGAUCGUUUAGUUGCUCUUGUGACUCAGGAUAUACAGAUAAAAAUGGAGCCUGUGAAGAUGUGAAUGAAUGUGAUGCAAACAGAUGCGAUCAAGAUGCCACAUGCCAGAAUUCGGAUGGUUCCUUUAUAUGCAUUUGUCCAGUAGGCAAACGGUUGAACAAUACUAAUUCUUGCCAAGAGUGUAGUAACAACACUUAUGGCACUGAGUGUAACGAGAACUGCAACUGCACAUUUGGAAACACUCAAAGUGACGAGCAGUCUUGUGACAGAGAGACGGGAACGUGUAUUUGUAACUCACACUGGACAGGGAACAGAUGCGAAACUGAUGUCAAUGAAUGCACUACUUCUGGUAUAUGCACGAAUGCCAACGCUGGCUGUUUCAAUCUCCCUGGAGGAUUCCGAUGUGAUUGUCUUAGAGGCUACAGGAUUAAUAAUGGAACUGGAGAAUGUGAAAUAGUUGGCGAAAGAACAACAGUACCGACUGCAGCCGAUGAGGUUCGGAUUGAUCUCACGAUAAUUCUGGGGGUUGAAUUGGACCCAGGAACAGAUCUCGGCGUACAAACCGUCUUUAAUGAGAUAGCAGCAAAAGUCAAAUAUUCGAUCAGGAAGCUUUUGUCGAAAUUCAUAUCAAUAGAAUUCACUAUUGUAAUCAAUGACUUAAGCCUUGGAAGCAUAAAUGUGAACUACUCGAUCAUAUACCCGAAGAGUCCUAAAGUGGCGUUGGUUGUCUCACAGGCCUUAGUAGACAUUGCUGUCGGCACAGAGAUAGAGUACGAUGGGCUGAACGUGUCUGUGUCCGCACCAGAAUCAUACAGCAAUGACAGUUUGUGUGGACUGUAUGAAAAAGCACUUGGUGGCUGCGAAUCCGGAUAUGAAUGUGUGAUAGAAGGGGGAGAACCCAUGUGUAAACUGUUGCCUACCUCGGACAACUAUUCAGUUGUUGUAGGAGUAACUGUAGGUCUCAGUGUCUUCUGUAUUGCCGUUCUGAUCAUCAUCAUCUCUGUCGUCGUUUACAACAGGAACCGAAAGGCACGUCAUAGCAAUCUUCACAGGCGGGCAGAAUCGGCACCUUCAGCAGACAAGCAGAUGAAUGUUUGGCCUCCUUGGAAAGAACAGAUAGCAGCGACUGAUCCCCGUUACAACUCAUGGAGAACAAAGGCCCUUAAUUUCGGUCAGGAACACCCUUACGUAUCUCCGUAUCAUCUGCCGCGAGUUGCAUCAAACAGGACCAGGGAGCAACCCCAGACACCGUACUUGGCACAGUACUAAGACGCACUGACAAACACGAACAUUUUGAAAACUUUUUUGAAACUUUCUUUCCAAUAAUGUAGAAUUUGAGUGUGUGUGUUUAUAUAUUGAUAUAUAGUCGGAAUUAAUAUUCUUUGCAUACAAUUCAUUUGUUGCUUUCACAUGUACUUGUUUUGUUUUUUUGUCCUUUUGUCAAAAUAUAAUUUAUGCAACAUUUUGUAUUAAGAAGAUUGUAGAUCAUUGUUUACACUUUGGAUAUAUAUGCUAUAUACAUAAUUAUAUACUUGACUCAUGAUAGAAACUGUCAUUUGUUUAGAUCGCACUUUAACAUUACUUUAAGAUAUUUUGUAUUCAUAAAUUUAAACUAUAUGCCCAUUCGGCCGAGUGUAAAAUGUACUUUAUAUUUGUAUUGAAAAUAUCAGGUCGAAAUGUACAUGAAUCACUAUUAUAAAUAACUUACUUACUAUUAAUCUUAGACAAUUAUUGUAAACAAACAGAAGUACAACGUGAGUUUGUUCAAGGCAAUGUUUUUGUCAACAUGAGGUAUUUAUAUACGAUGUGUUAUUUUCUAUAUACUUUGAUAUAUGUAUAAACGAGAAGUUGGUUAUUCAAGUUUUAUUUUACUUAAGAAGCAAAGAAUAGGAGACGUUUUUGUUCAACAAUCAAAAGCAUAUUAUCAGAUUUAUGAAGAGCGUUAUUCGAAAACAGAACAUUUUUUUUUCUUAAUUUCACAUUACCUGUAACGUUUGAAACUAUUAAUGCAGUUUUUCAUCACAUUGGCUUUGUGAUCGUUUGUUUAUGUGUUAUAUGUCUUUGGCGUUUACCGUGUGCCAUUAAUAGAGGUUUAUGUUUAAUCUUUCGACUACUGACCUUGUUUCUGAAGUGUUUCAUAUAUAGAUAUAUAAUCAGAAGUUGGUUGUGGGAAUAAGAACUAUUAUGCUGUGUUGUUAAGCUUUAUAUCGUGUAUGUAUUUUCCUGAUUUUAUCGAUAAUAUUUCGAAAUAACUUUCAAAAUUAUAUUCUAUCCUUAACUAAUCACUCCUGUAAAAUUGAAUCAAAUCAGCAUGUAAUUUCAGUAAAUUGCAAGGGAAUGUUACUGAACUAAUAUGAUCAUUUGUUAUGACAUUGAUGUAAAUAUCCUGUUUAAAUAAAAGUGUUUUAUGUUCUG